UGUUUUUUCUGUGCCUUUUAGGCUUUUCUGACACACUCCACUCCCCUCAAGGCUCACCCACAACACAACCCCAAAUCCAAACACAAUUCCAAACAAAAUAAAAAGGAAAAAAAUUAAUUAAUAAUAUCCCUAGCCCCCUCUCUCUCUGUGUUGGGGACUGAACUGCAAGUGGAAGCUCAUUGCACGUACGUACCUCUCGAAGAUUAAAAUUUUUUGUUGUAUUUUCAUUAUUACCCCACUUCGGCACCACCUCAAAAACCAGACACACGUGCUCUGCCUCUUCACUUCUUCAUCAACUUCAUCAUCUCUCUCUUUCAUUUUCUCCCAUCAACCUCUCUUCUCCGAAGGAAAGAACAAAAUGAUCACUGUAACCGACUUUUACCACGUCAUGACCGCAAUGCUGCCACUCUACGUGGCCAUGAUACUCGCUUAUGGUUCCGUGAAAUGGUGGAAAAUCUUCUCCCCGGACCAAUGCUCCGGCAUAAACCGUUUCGUUGCUCUAUUCGCCGUCCCUUUACUCUCCUUCCACUUCAUCGCGUCCAACAACCCCUACGAGAUGAACUUCCGGUUCAUCGCUGCGGACACGCUGCAGAAGAUCAUCGUGCUGGUGGUGCUGACCAUCUGGAGCAACGUGAGCAAGAGGGGGCGUUUGGAAUGGGCCAUAACGCUGUUCUCAAUCUCCACCCUCCCCAACACGCUGGUGAUGGGUAUUCCGUUGCUGAAGGGGAUGUACGGGGAGUUCUCCGGGAGUUUGAUGGUGCAGAUAGUGGUGCUCCAGUGCAUCAUCUGGUACACCUUGAUGCUGUUCAUGUUCGAGUACAGAGGCGCCAGAAUGUUGAUCUCUGAGCAGUUCCCCGACACUGGCGCCACCAUUGUCUCCAUCCACGUGGACUCCGACGUCAUGUCGCUUGAUGGACGACAACCUUUGGAAACCCAAACCCAAAUCAAAGAAGACGGCAAGCUCCACGUCACCGUCAGAAAAUCCAACGCCUCCAGAUCCGACAUCUUUUCUAGAAGGUCCCAGGGCUUCUCUUCCACCACCCCUCGCCCUUCCAACCUCACCAAUGCAGAGAUUUACUCUCUCCAAUCCUCCGCAAACCCCACUCCCAGAGCCUCCAGCUUCAACCACUCCGACUUUUACUCCGUCAUGGCCCCUCCUCGUAACUCCAACUUCGCCACCAACGACGUUUAUGGCUUCUCUGCUUCCAGAGGACCAACUCCCAGACCUUCCAAUUACGACCAAGAUGCUUCCACUGCUGCUAAUACUAAAAACAACGACAAACCUAGACAUCAUUACCCUGUCUUCUCCCACCCCAAUGGUCUCAAGAAGCCCAAUGGACACCCCCACCCCAAGCCAGAGGAUUCAAACAAGGACCUUCAUAUGUUCGUUUGGAGUUCAAGUGCUUCCCCUGUCUCCGACGUGUUUGCCGGACAUGAAAACGAUCAUAAAGAAGUGAAGCUCGCUGUGUCUCCCAAAAAAGUGGAGGGUAACAGAGAAGGUCAAGAAGAGUACCUUGAGAAUGAGCAUGAAGGUGAGAAAGUUGGGAACGGAAAUCAGAAAACCAUGCCUCCAACGAGUGUAAUGACACGGCUUAUUUUGAUCAUGGUGUGGAGGAAACUCAUCCGAAACCCCAACACCUACUCCAGCCUCAUGGGUCUAACUUGGUCACUUGUUUCAUUCAGGUGGAAAGUUGAAAUGCCUACCAUAAUUGCCAAGUCCAUUUCCAUAUUGUCAGAUGCAGGGCUUGGUAUGGCCAUGUUUAGUCUUGGUCUGUUCAUGGCUUUGCAACCGAGGAUCAUAGCAUGUGGAAAUUCCACAGCAGCUUUUUCCAUGGCCGUGAGAUUCCUUACAGGUCCAGCUGUCAUGGCAGCUGCUUCCAUGGUCGUUGGACUCAAAGGUGUUCUCUUACACGUUGCCAUUGUUCAGGCAGCUCUUCCUCAGGGAAUUGUCCCAUUUGUGUUUGCAAAGGAAUACAAUGUGCAUCCUGAUAUUCUCAGCACAGGAGUUAUUUUUGGGAUGUUGAUUGCAUUGCCUAUUACACUGGUGUACUACAUCUUGCUGGGGUUAUGAGCGAAUGAGAAGAUGAGAAGAUGAAGAUUGCGUGUGACGCCAUUGCAGAGUUCUUGGAGAAGGAGAACACGUGCUGAAUCAAAUACACGAGCGUCACCAUAAUAGAAUAGGAGGCAUUGAUCCUCGAAUGAGUUUUCGUUUUUCAUGUCCUUGCUUUUAGUGAAAAUGUAAAAUCAUGUUUGUAGAUAAUUAUUUUUUUCAGGGAAAGCUAGUUUAUA